UUCAAGCCAGAAGCAAUAGAAGGAGACUUCGAAGUGUGCGUCUUGGAGUCGCUUCUAGGCUACGUCUGCGAAGCAUGGGAGCGAAGACUACUGUUCUACCGUCCGAUUAUUGCAGAGGUACUUCGAAGCAAAACGAGAAGCAAAACUAUUUUCCAUCAGGUUCUAGAACUCUCUAUUUUCAUCAGGUUCUAAACUCUCUCCAACCUCCGAUCUUCAUAUAUGGCACUCUCACCUUUUUUCAGGUCCUCAAUUCCUUGCAGCCGAUCAUGGAUGGAAGUAUGACGUCAUCGGGAGAGGUACUCUAUCGUAUCUCCAACCUGCUGCCCAUAAAGUACAACCUCACGGCGUUCGAAAGUUUGUUACAGGAGUCGAUAGUUAUGAUGUGCAUGCGUGAGUAUUUAAGACUUUCUCUUCGUAAGUAAGCAUCACUUUACCAUCAAGAACAACCCUUUUUUCUCCUAAUCAAGAACAACCCUUUUUUCAUCACUUUACCAUCAAGAACUUCCCUUUCUAACAAAAGCGCACUCGAAGUCGUGCUUGGGGAUGAUGACGCAAUGCUCGCUCUCCUCCUCACAGAACGGGCUAACGCGAUACAGAGCCGACACUUGACAGACAAGGGGGAGACGAAAAAAAUGAAGAUUAUGACGAAGAAAGUAAAGAGCAUAUCUCGGAAAACGAAUUCGUCAUGGGCAUUGUUGGUGAUUUGUGAUAGUUGUAGACUACUUGUUGUACAGUAUCCAUACCUUCGUCGAGACACAUCAGGCGAGCUAUUUUAACUCUACCGUUUCUAGAACAUGAAUUGGCACGCUUUAAACAAGUCGAAAAAAGCCGGAUGCCUGACGUAUCCGAGUUGAUCGACGCGCGCUACCAUCAAGUAGUCGAGGCGAUGCUCCAGGAACACUGCCGGUCUUUACAUGGGAUAUUGUUAUGGCCGUAAGCACUUGUAAUUUCAAUAGAGUGAUGGAUCAUGAAGCACCCUAGUAAUUUAGUAAACAGCUCUAAAAGAUUCUGAGGUUCUCAAGUCAAACACUUGUGGUUGGCGAGGGCGAAAUAAAUACUCACAGAGAGACCCAGCCGAUUUUUUAGGAUCUUUCAGACAACAAAAACUCCAUCUAGUCGGCAGGCUAGCUGCAUCCACCACAUCGACGAGAAACUCCAUUUAGUACACAGCUCGAAAAGAUUCCGAAGUUCUCUACCUCGAACGAAAACUGGUGGCAAAGCAGGAAUUGGUAAAAAUCUCGAUGGACUCUUAUCGGAAUAACAUUCUCAGAACCGAACUAUCUCUGUCCAUCGCAGCUCUGGGAACUGCAGUUCCCACGCUGAUUGCAGGUAUUCGACCUCCUACUAGAUCCAAUUUAGAAGAACUUGUAUCCGUAUUUCUCGGGGCUCGUUGUGAAGGAUCCAUAACCUAACCUAACCAAUCUUAGGCUACUGUACUCGCCUCGAAUAUAAUAGGAGGCAAUCCACUUCUCCUACUAUGUACGAAUACAGAAGAUUGAUACAACCUACUUAUACUAAUAAGCACGCUUCAUCAACCGUCGCACCUACUCACCAGGUUUCUUCGGCAUGAAUAUUGAGCAUGACUUCCAUCAGCGGAUAAGUUUUAACGAGGUUUGUGCACUGAGUGCUGCACUAGGGGGUACGGUGGCCUUCCUGUGUUUCAGGAAUGUCUGGCAUUCACACCGCAGUCGAAACCUGGACAAAAUAUUAAGGCUAGCUUUAGUAGGUGACAACUGAGCAGUUUAGACAUUGGCAUGUUCCGUUUUCCAUCGAGGAGAAAACAAUUGUUCUUAGAGAGACGCCUCUUUUUUGUCCACAUUCUUCUUCAAGAAGAGGGGGCUUCCUUAGUAUUUGAUUGCCCGACAACAUUAGCUGCUUGAACGUUUUUACUCGAUUUAUUAUAAGAACGAACAAAAGAACAUUUAGGUCCAAGCACUAAGAAAAGGGCGUCUCAAGGCCUAUGGGCGGUUACUCGACGAAUUGGGAGCGUUGGAUCGUGCUUUUGCGGAAAUGGCUACCUCUGCAUCCGCCGAUAGCGAAGGAAUAAGUCGAGAAAAGUUUCAGAGCUUAUGAAGAAGUUUCUGAUAUCAUUUUGUACACCUCUAAGAAGAAUCUGAGAAUCAAGUUGAUAACGAUGCAGUGCAGGUCCUGUUGUUCUUUCAUGUCGCACUCACAACUUCUCUCUUUUCUGUUCUAUCUUUUCGCAAAAUGUUGCACCCACCACUCUCUGCAAAAAUGCUGUUGUAUCUUUCUCAAAUAAGCACAUCUACUUCCUCCUCCUCUCUUCCUGAAAAUGAAAUCCUAUCCUUCCUCUUUCUGAAGAGUCUCUCAUCCCCCUUUCAUUCCCCAUUUUCUCGCGUGCGUCAAAUCGGGCAGUGACGCCGAAGGAAACAGACUUGGUCUUCGAAAUUUUCGACGCAGAUAAUAGUGGCAGCCUUCAAGGCGAAGAGCUUGCGAUCGGUAGGAAGCGGGAUCGUCGAGGGCGGAGGUGAUUCGUACUAGAGGGCGAAUGUAGUGAUUCGUCAAGGGGGGAGGUAGCAAGAAAGGUGGCAGUUGUUGUUUGUGGUGGCAGGUAGUUGCUUUAGUGCUUAACCAUAUUACUACCACCUUUAACCAAGGACUUACUAUGGUGUCGCUUGAUUAUAACUGUGGAGUUGGCAGUUGAUAACAGUUCAGCUGAUUUAAUUGGGGUGUUGUCACUUGCUGGAUGGGUUUUGUGUAUUAUAUGUAAUCGUCACUUUCUAGCGGUUAUUUUGGCAAGCGUCAAUGGUACGCAUGUGUAAUCAACCACAUGUGCAGGUGUAAGCGUCAGCUUCAUGGGCAUGCAAUCAACAAAGGCAAGAUCGCGUAAUAGAGAGUGUUUGUAUUCGCAAUUUCCAAUAGGAAUGGGCUACAAUCGUCAAUUAGAAAAGUCUAAAAUCGUCAUCUACAAAAGUCUAAAAUCGUCAAUUACAAAAGUCUACAAUCGUCAAUUAGAAAAGUCUAAAAUCGUCAUCUACAAAAAAUCGUCAAUUACAAAAGUCUACAAUCGUCAAUUACAAAAGUCUACAAUCGUCAAUUGCAAAAGUCUAAAAUCGUCAAUGGUAAGCGUGUAUAAUCGUCAGUGGUAAGUGUUUGUAAUUGUCAACAUCGCCUGUAUCGUCGUCAGCAUCCAAUGGUAAGUAUUUAUAAUCGUCAACUGCCAGUAGGUUCUCUAAUUUCCGUCAAUGGUAAAUUUCGUCAAUCGCAAGCUUGUGCGAGCAGCAAUGCCGUUAAAGCGGCAACAUUUUUUAGAUCAUCUUCACACAGGUUGAACAGAAGUCACGAGAAGGACUCAUGCACAGUUGAUUCCAGUCGACCUAGUCCCAGUCGACCUAGUCCUAGGACCACAGACUUUGUUGUAAGUACUUCUAUUCCCAGAAUCCUUUUGUUACCUUUCAAUUUCCGAACUUAGGCAAUGACUAUUUUUUUGAAGCAAGAACGUUCUUGAGGCAUGCAGCAGUAUCCUGGUCGGGGGGAUGUCAUUUAGAGCGGUC